AAGUUUUCACCAUCAGAUGACCAUGCCGGCAGAUGAUCCACCUGCAUACUCACCGCCGUCCUAUGCGUCGACUAUCUAUACUCCUCUAGUGCAAUCCAACACGAUUCGGGUGUUGACCCUUUACCCCGCCCUUAGUCACGAUGCCGAAGUUCAGUGCGGGCUAUUGUCGACAGAGAUAUCCACUUGCCAAGAGCUCGAGCAGUCGUACGUAGCGUUGUCGUAUGUCUGGGGGAACCUAAGUGAUCCUCAGCUUGUCUAUGUCAAUGACCAAGAAGUUUACAUUGGAAGAAACCUUUUCAAAGCACUCCGUCAUCUUCGUCGUCGAGAUCGUCCAAUACGGCUUGGGCAGACGCGCUAUGUAUCAACCAAACCGAUAUUACGGAGCGAAACCACCAAGUUUAUCAAAUGCGCAACAUCUAUUCUUCUGCUUUGGAGACAGUUAUUUACCUUGGAGAUGAUGAUGGAAGCAACACGGCAUCAUCGGCUUGGAAUUUUCUCGAAAGACAGAGCGAAUGGGCACUAAACCGAGAUGGCAACGAAGACAUGAAGUUACCGUCCACUCUUGAGGAGAAUCUGAUUCACUUCAGAGGAGAGGUGGCUGAUUUUGAGCUCAGUGUCCUCCAAAGACAAUGGUUCUUGCGUGUUUGGGUUCUCCAGGAAGUCGUUGUAUCGAGGAAAGUGUCAAUACAGUGUGGUCAUCGAAGAAUCCCUUGGGACGAUUUCUGCAAGAUCAUCUUGCUGAAUCCGCGAUAUCACGAUCGCUAUGGGUACAGCAUGCGAGCCAUAGAAAGAGUCGACAUUGUGCGCGACAUGUUUCAGGCCCGCUGCGCCUACCAAGAGUCGCAUGAUUUGGCCCAACUUCGACCUUCCUGGCACACGAAUGUCGCCAACUAUGGUGGUAGAAGUGCACACAUUAUCGAUAUGCUUGUCAGGGCUCGUCAGCUUGAAGCAUCUGAUCCCCGGGACAAGAUCUUUGCCCUUCUAGGGAUUUCAACGAAUGUGGAUGUCGACAAUAGAUUGGUGGCUGUUGAUUAUGGCAAAUCUACGGCCGAAGUACAGACUGAUUUGGCCUGCUGCCUCAUGGAGGAACACAAGAGUUUGGAUAUGCUGAGCUACGUUGACCACUCAAUCAACGGCUUCUCUUCCUUAUUUGGCCUUGGUCAGGCUGAAGCGCUGCCUUCGUGGGUUCCUGAUUGGGAUGCAAGCCAAGUUGCUCGAGGGCAGCGGCUCAAGACCAUGCAUGCCUACGAUAUCAACUGGGACUCACUACCCCUGGACACCGCUAGCCCCAUCGUUCCAACAAUUCUGAGUUUUUUGAAUGAAGAGAAAGAUGAAGAAACUGAAAGACGGCGGGACAUAACCUCCAAGAGCAUGGCUUGGCUCAACGACAAUAAGAUUCUACUAACGAUUGGUUCAGUGAUUGGCAGUAUAAUACACGCCGGACCUGACCUCCAACUUUGGGGAGCCGAUGAAAUUUCAUUUCAAGCGAUCAGAAACCGAUGCGAUGAUCUCCCAGAGUUGCGUCGGAAAAUCAUGGCAAGAUGGGCUCGGCUUCUUCUCUACAGACACAGAAGAAAUUGUGUAGGAACCCACAUUGACCCAAGACAAGUACCUUCUGGCCCAGAGGAAAGUAUGGAAACCGUCCUCCGAUCUUUGUAUGAUAUUCCAGACAUGAGAUCACACACAAUCGAAAGUCACUUGGUCUCUCGAGGGCGACAGACAGCUGCCUGGUCCGGAGAAGGCGAGCAGGUCAUCAACCGAGUCACUGACAGGAUGAGCAUACUUGAAAAUAAGACUAUUGGUGCCUACGAUAGACUUUCCGAUGUUAUCACAGAGCUUGAGAAAGUUAUACUACCACCCGGGGCGAGAAGGAACGAUCUCAUAGUCUCGUUACGCGGUGCACGAGUACCAUUUGUUGUUCGGCCGAUGGACGACAUUCACUUCGUGAUGGAUGUGGACGAGACUCAAAUUCUAUCAUUACUCCGCUCCGGCUGCGACUUAUUGAAUCUCCAGAACGUAGCCUUUCUCGGUCACUACAGAUUCGUCGGAGAAUGCUUGAUCAAUGG